GGCAGUGGUGGCGGGAGGCCCAGUCCGGAGCGCCAUAGUCAAGGAUGUCAAAGAUACAACACUGAAUUCUUCCCAGCCAGCCAGCAGCGGUGCAUCAAUGACAUGGCCAAAAGCAAUUCUGUGGGCCAGGACACCUCUAAGGACUCGGAGGGGGAAAUGAUCUUUGCUGCAGAGAGCAAUUGCCUGCCUCAGGAAGGUGAUGCCGAAGUAAGACUGGGCUCGUCGGGAUCCGCUCUGCCUGCCAGGAAGCGGUCUCGGUCCUUUGAGGACGACAGGAAUCAAGGGACAGGGGCCAGUCAGUGGGAUGGGGUUUCUAAAAAGACUCCACAGCAUCGUUUGUCCCUGUCGUGCGCAAGACCCAGGGAAGCCAGGCAAGAAGCCGAGGACUCUCUGUCACGGCGCUCCGCAGAGUCUGGAGAACCUGGCCAAGAAGUGGAGGACAUUGGUCCUGAUCCCAUUCCUGACUCUUACUAUGGGCUUCUUGGGACCUUGCCCUGCCAAGAACCCCAGAGCCACACAUGUAGCCUGCCCAGUGAAGUCCUCAGGCACAUCUUUGCCUUCUUCCCCGUGGGAGAUCUCUACUGGAAUGUGAGCCUAGUGUGCCACCUUUGGAGAGAGAUCAUCAGUGAUCUGCUGUUCAUUCCUUGGAAAAAGCUGUAUCAUCGAUACCUGAUGAAUGAAGAGCAAGCUGUGAGCAAAGUGGAUGGCAUCCUGUUGAACUAUGGUAUUGAGAAGGAGUCAGACCUUUGUGUGCUGAACCUCAUCUGCUAUACGGCCACGACGAAAUGCUCCCCCAGCGUGGACCCUGGACGGGCGCUGUGGAGUCUGAGGGACCACCUCCUCCUUCCUGAGGCAGAGGCAUGCGUGCGUCAGCACCUCCCUGAUCUCUAUGUGGCAGCUGCCGGUGUCAACGUGUGGGCUCUGGUAGCGGCCAUCGUCCUGCUGUCCAGCAGCAUGAAUGACAUCCAGCAGCUGCUGUUCUGCCUCCAGAGGCCCAGCUCCACCGUGACCAUGCCAGACAUCACUGAGACCCUGUAUUGCAUCACUGUGCUUCUCUACACCAUGAGGGAGAAGGGGGUCAACAUCAGCAACCAGAUUCACUACAACAUUUUCUAUUGCCUGUAUCUUCAGGAGAAUUCCUAUACUCAGGCCAGACAAGUUAAAGAGGAACCAUCAGUUUGGCCAGGCAAGAAAACAGCCAUCCAACUUACACAUGAACAACAGCUGAUUCUGAGCCACAAGAUGGAACCUCUCCAGGUGGUAAAGAUUAUGGCAUUUGCAGGCACCGGGAAGACCUCUACCCUGGUCAAGUAUGCUGAGAAGUGGUCUGAGAGCAGGUUUCUGUAUGUGACAUUCAACAAGAGCAUCGCAAAGCAGGCCGGGCUAGUCUUCACCAGCAAUGUCAUCUGCAAAACCUUUCAUUCCAUGGCCUAUGGACACGUCGGGCGGAAGUAUCAAUUAAAGAAGAAAUUGAAUCUCUUCAAGUUGACCCCCUUCAUGGUCAAUUCUGUCCUCGCUGAAGGGAAAGGUGGAUUCAUAAGGGCCAAGCUAGUAUGUAAGACUUUAGAAAAAUUCUUUGCCUCGGCCGACGAGGAGCCGACUAUUGAUCACAUGCCUAUCUGGUGUAAGAACAGCCAAGGACAGAGAGUCAUGGUUGAACAGAGUGGGAAGCUGAAUGGUGUCCUUGAAGCCAGCCGACUCUGGGACAACAUGCGGAAGUUGGGAGAAUGCAAAGAAGAGGCUUACCAAAUGACUCAUGAUGGCUAUUUGAAACUCUGGCAGCUAAGCAAGGCUUUGCUUGCCUCUUUUGAUGCCAUCUUUGUGGAUGAGGCCCAGGACUGUACCCCAGCUAUCAUGAACAUAGUUCUGUCUCAGCCAUGAGGGAAAAUCUUUGUAGGGGACCCACAUCAACAGAUCUAUACCUUCUGUGGUGCAGUCAAUGCUCUGUUUACAGUCCCUCACACGUACGUCUUCUAUCUCACACAGAGUUCCAGGUUUGGCGUGGAAAUAGCAUAUGUGGGAGCUACUAUCUUGGAUGUCUGCAAGCCAGUAAGGAAAAAGACUUUGGUUGGAGGAAACCAUCAGAGUGGCAUUAGAGGUGAUGCCAAAGGCCAAAUGGCCCUGUUGUCCCGGACCAAUGCCAAUGUGUUUGAUGAGGCUGUGCGGGUGACUGAAGGAGAAGUCCCUGAGAGGAUACAUCUGAUUGGGGGGUUAAUCCAAUCCUUUGGAUUGGACAGAAUCAUUGAUAUCUGGAUCCUUCUUCAGCCGGAGGAAGAACGGAAGAAACAGAACCUCGUUAUUAAAGACAAGUUUAUUAGAAGAUGGGUGCACAAAGAAGGCUUCAGUGGCUUCAAGAGGUAUGUGACUGCAGCCGAGGACAAGGAGCUGGAAGCCAAGAUUGCAGUCGUUGAGAAGUAUAACAUCCGGAUUCCAGAACUGGUGCAGAGGAUAGAGAAGUGCCACAUAGAAGACCUGGACUUUGCAGAGUACAUCUUGGGCACUGUGCACACCAAAGGCUUGGAGUUUGACACCGUGCAUGUGUUGGAUGAUUUUGUGAAAGUGCCUUGUGCCAGGCACAACCUCACGCAGCUGCCCCACUUCAGAGUCGAGUCGUUUUCUGAGGAUGAAUGGAAUUUACUGUAUGUUGCAGUAACCCGUGCCAAGAAGCGUCUCAUCGUGACCAAAUCCUUGGAGAACAUUUUGACUUUACCUGGGGAGUACUUCCUCCAAGCAGAGCUGACCAGUAAUGUCUUGAAGACCGGAGUGGUGUGCUGCUGAGUGGGGCAGUGCAACAAUUCCAUCCCCGUGGACACCGUGCUCACCAUGAAGAAGCUCCCCAUCACUUACAGCAACAGGAAGGAAAACAGGGGUGGCUACCUCUGCCACUCCUGUGCGGAGCAGCGCAUCGGGCCCUUGGCCUUCCUGAUGGCCUCCCCUGAGCAGGUGCACUCCAUGGAAUGCACCAUUGAGAACAUAGUGCUGCCCAGACACGAAGCCCUGCUCUUCCUUGUCUUCUGAAAGCCAAGAGGAGCUUUCUCCACGGUAUAGAAUGCCUUGUGUGGACUCGAGUUACUUGAAGAAAGCCAGUGUGGGGUAGGGUUCUCACUCAGCUGAACUCUGAAUUCACUCACAGAGCAUUUUUUGAGGAAUACGAAGCCAACAAGAGUUGGACCUGCCAUUUCUCCAUUCCCUGUAGGUAGCCAGUUCCCACUGCCCCUGCUCUAUGCGCAUCAGGCUGGGGGUGCGGGGGAUGUUCUUUUGAUAAAAAAACAUUUUAUGUAUUUAAACUUUUAUUACAAGAUUUCAAUUAAACAGGCAUUGUAGCACU